CUUCAUUUCUAUUCUCAGUUUUUUUCCUUAAAUAAUUUGAUAAUAAUUUAUAAUCUAAUUAAUCAUAAUUAAUAAUUAAAUGACCAAUGGUGGAGCUCUCACGGAAUAGGGCUGGAAAUUUUGACAUGACAAUAUGCCGCAUACUCAUGAAAAGACGUUUCUUCACUGGUAUGGUCGUAUUUACAUCAAUUAUUUUGAUAAGUUUUAUCGUCUUUGCACCUCGAAGUAUAAAUAUUCCUGUCAUGUUGAAAGAAGAACGCAUCGGUAAUCAAGAAAACUUGAUUGGAAUUGAAAAAGGACGGAUUCUGGUAGAAACUCAAUCAAAAGUUACUUUGUCUACUUCAACUCAGAAACCGAAAAUUCAAUUUCAAACUGAAGCAUCUAAGAUAAAAAAUGAAAGUAUAGCAAACACCAUUUCACGUCAGAUGCAAGAUAUUUCAAAGAAGAUAACCGUUCCUCCUAAAGUAGUUGUACGAAAACCACCAGAAGUUCACAAACCUCCUAAUAAUAAUGUAAUUCCAAUGCUAAAGAUACAACCUGGUGCCCCACGAAGAUACAUACAUGAUGUGCAAGGCUAUCAAAAAUAUGUCGAAUAUCUGAAAAUGACAGAACCGUUACUUCCGAAGCAAACGAACGCUGUUGUGAUAUUAACUAAUCAUAGAUCAGGAUCAUCAUUUUUUGGAGAACUUUUUAAUCAACAUCCAGACGUUUUUUAUGUUUUUGAACCGAUAUUCCCGUUUUCAAACUCAUCGGAAUGUAAAAUGGCAUCAUUAAAAAAAAAAGUGCUUGCAAAUAUUGCGCAAUGCGUUUUUCCGAACUGGGCUGAGAUAUACAAAAGUAUUCCAGUGUCUGAUUAUCUUAAAAAUAAUCAUAAUAUGAAAUUUUGUUUGGCACAUCGAGUCUGUUUUCGUGUUAAUACGAAGGAACUCAUUGAAGAAAAACAUUGCCCAAAUGUAAAUCGUGUAAAAUAUUUGAGUGCCGGUUGUGGUGCCGUAAAUAUAAACCUGGCUACGAAUGAUUGUCGCAGGAAGAAAAUGGUUGUUUUUAAAGUGAUCAGACUCUGCGAUAUUUUAAAUUUAGAAGAGAUUAUGAAAAUCCCAACACAUAAUGUCAAAGUAUUGCAUUUGAUUCGCGACCCCCGAGGAAUUGCAAAUUCAAGAAAACCUUUAUUGAAGGGUAUAGAUAUGAAAGAAUCAUUACGUAGUACGUGUGCUCGUCAAUCUCAUAAUAUGAUGAUGGGCUUGUUUGAUACGCCUGAAUGGUUGCAAGGUCGUUACAAAGCCGUUAGAUAUGAAGACGCAGCGUUGUAUCCAUAUGAUACCGCUCAGUCAGUGUACGAUUUCCUUGGGCUGGAUUUUUAUAAAUCGCUAAAAGAUUGGAUAAAAAAGAACACAAAUAUCGAGAUUCCAAGUGAAAUACUCGAGGAGACCUCUAGUGUUAGCAAACGAGAUGUUGAUCCUAAGCAACAAGCACAUCUUCUGAGAGGACGAAUAAAUCUGGUAAAAAAACCAAAAGUAAUAUUCAACCCGUAUGGACGCAAAAGGAACUCAACCGCGAUAGUUCAAAAAUGGACAAACUUACUUCCUUAUACAACUGUGCAGCAGAUUGAAAGCGUCUGCACGAAAAUUAUGGAUUUAGCUGGGUAUUUACCUGUGGGUUCAUCCGAGAAUUAUCAGAAUAAAGACAACAGAUAUUUUACGGAUGAAAUUAGAGAUUUUGAUGCCCUGAAUAAUGUAUGACAUUUUAAUGUUUUAUUACCUAUUACAUCAACAAUAUUGCUUCCAUGAUUUUAGCCUUGCUUUUUUAUCAAAUCUGAACUUCGAUUAGAGGUCGUGGCUCACUAUACACAAUGUUCAUAAGCCCUUGUGCAAUCAAAGUUUUGUUAUGAAGUCAGUUCUCAAUAUAUCUUAACCAAGUUUGUUUUAUUCUAAUCUACCGUAAUCAAUGUUUGUUUAAGUUUUUACAGUUGUAUAUGCCCACCAUCGGUUGCACGAAACAAACCAAAGUUCUUUUACUCAGUUCAGUGUUUCCCAAACUGUUUCCUGAGUGUUUCAUGGAACAGGGAUCAAAAUUGUGACUAAAUUUGUCGCCAUGGCUAUCUCGGUCGUACUUCGGUGACUCUGGGUCGUAAAUCUCCCACAUAUAAUCGUUCACUGACUUUACAAACACUUUGAGCCCAAUUGAGCCCUUUGAUAUAAACUUGCGUAACAAACAGUUGGGAUUACGUGAAACUAACUAUCUUUCCUUGCUCUAUGCUUUUGGGCAGGUAUGUAUGUUUUGUAUGCGUAUAAGGCAAGGAUGCUAUAGCAAGAGUGAAAAUGACUAAAGAGUCUUGCUACACACUAACACAAAUGCCAAUGUGUUAGUGUGUAGUAACCCUCUUAAAUUAAUAUAAACUUGCCAUAGCAAUUAGCAACAAUGCAAUUUGUGUCAAUUUUUUUUUAGCGAUACAAUGGACUUUUUUUUUAUUUUGUUAAAUUGAAAGUACUAUUUAUUAUUGAAAAAAAAUCAAAUCCUCUAUUAAUACUGUUAUUUUAUCAAAACGUACUAUAUCAUGACGUCUAUUUUUUUCCUAAAGCUGUUGAAACGUACUAAAUCUUGUGCAGUAAUUUACGUAUUAUUCGUCAUAAAUUUGUUAUUAUGAAUUUGAAGACUUUGAACUGUUUCUUUUUCAGAACUCACUCAUUCAUGUUGAGUUUCCUUCAAUCAAAUGUUUUACACAGACCUGCUAUAAUUAUCUACCAUGUCUCCACCAAACAACAUUUCACAUUGAAAAUAAGACCUUUAAUAAAACUUACUCCUUCUAAAAGCUUAUUUUUUUUUAAAUAGACUAUAAUUUGCAAUAUUUGCAAUUUUUAUUAUCAAAAAACUGUUAUUAAGUUGGUAGACUUUAAAACAUCUUAAAAAUAAAACUUGUCAUAUACGUACAUUCUUUUUUGAAGUCGUGCUGUAUCAUUUGCAGUACUCACUAAUCACUAUAUUCACUCAUAAAUUUGUUAAAUUUCGAAACGAAACUACUUCAUACCAAUAAUAAUUUAUUACAAAAAUUGUACUACGUUGUCUAUUCAAUUUUGUUAUGUUCUAAUAACUAUAUCUUAACCAAGUUUUAUUUUUAUCAUUUUUUUACUUCUUUCAAUACACCAGUAGGGGCACAAACUAUGGUAUAUAUGGUAUCGAUAAAUUUCCAAUUAAAAAAAUUUCAGUCUUUAUACACACCUUGAAUAAUAUGUGCAUUUUCAGGUACUCCUGUAGUAUGUGUAUGAGGGCAUAAUUUGUUUCGGUUUUCCUUAUUCUAGGGACUGUCUGUGUUAGCCAAGUGGAUAUCCCUCCUUACCCAUAGGCUACAUCCCUUUACACGACUUGAUGCAAAGUAGGCGAACAAAAUUAGUUACCUCCAUAUUGGUACACACACUUCUGGAGCGUCCAUUUUUAUUAUUGAAGCUGUUUUUAUUGUUUGUACUACAUUAUUUGAACUAUUUUUUAUCAUUAUUUUCAGUAUGUGAACACAUCGAACACAAUUUUUGUUAUUUUCCGUAGUAAAUCUGUUGCCAAUGUUGCAUUUCUCAAGCCUCUUGCCAUACCUUUUAUAUCCAUUAUAUUAUCAAUUUUGAUUCAUUCAUUUUCUGACAUAGAAUAUUACAUGGGUGUAUUUGCAAUUGUUUUGGUCACAUUUAUCUGUCUGGCUGACGGCCUCUUAUCUUGUGUCUCUCAGUUUCGUUGAUAUAUUACUUUGAAGUUGUUAUCUGUCUUAUUUGUAUCAUAUUUGUAUGAUAUUAUCUACCUGUCAUUUUUAUGUUAGUUUACUGUUUGCAGUAGCUUCUUUGUCUUGUACGAGGCUGUAAGGUGGAAAACAUUUACACUCAUUCCGAACCAAUAAAAACUCGCUUUUCAAAAGUCAAA